CCUGAAUGCAUCUAUCCCCCAAGUCUGCCAUGUGGGAGGCUACUCCGACGAAAACUUGUGCAAACCAGGACCUUGUCUCUCGCAUUCGCGUGCACUCAUCCCGCCACCUCCAGGGAAUUGUCGCGUUCGAUUGUGUGGACGCACGACACCGUGGUUCAAGCCCAAUUGUGGUCUUGCAGCUUGCUUCCAGCUUCACAGGGGUCUCGACAUCCGAUGGGGGACGUGGUUGGAACGAACGUAUCGACCAAGUAAAAAGCGCUGUCGUGAUGCGCCGACGGACAUGUUCGAGGGGGAAACAAUUGCGGACGCCAAAGGCGGCGUUUCUCAUGCAUAAGUCAUGUAAGCUACAAUGAGAGUUUCGUGACAAC